CAGAGGAGCAGGCACGGCCUCUGGGCAGCUGCCGCCGUGUUCAGAGGGCGGCUGGGAGGCGGAGGCUUGGACCAAAGCAAGCCUCGUGCCCAGUGUCACGCAGGGCCAGGCCGCCCUGACCACGGGACCAUGCUCCGGUUUAUUUCCAGGGCUCUUGCCUCCUGGAGAAGAAUGGACUCGUCGGAGGCAGAGAAGGCGCAGCAUCUGAGGCUCUUGGAAGGUGACACCAAGCUAAAAACUGUACAGGGAGUUGUGACAAAGUUCUGCAGUGAUUAUGGCUUGAUUGAUGAGCUGAUCUACUUCAGUAGUGAUGUUGUGACUGGCAAUGUGCUUCUGAAAGUUGGGCAAAAAGUUACUGCAGUUGUGGAGGAAGAUAAAACAUCUCACGGAUUGAAAGUGAUCAAAGUGGAGGCGUUCUGUGACAAUGGCAAUGGUGAUGGACUGUCAGACUCCUGUACUAGAGUUUCUCUUGGCUGUGUUAACUCUCUGAUGGAAGACGUUAACUGCAUUAAUCAUACAACUUACUUCUCUCUAGAUGUUGUUUGUAAAGGUUUUGAGCCUUAUCAAGGUGACCGAGUCGAAGUCAAGUUUUCCAUCCAGCCAGACACCCAGAGCAGAAAAGCCCUCUCAGUGACGCCUCUGAGACAUAAGCACGUGCAUGAGGUCUGCAUUACUCACCUCCGUGGAAGAAAUGGGGUGAUAGACGAUAGUAUCUUUUUCACUCUGGAUUCUCUGAAACUUCCUGAUGGAUACGUACCUCGAGUAUCUGAUGUCGUCAAUGCGGUCGUGGUAGAGAGCGUUCAGUCCUGCUAUAUUUGGAGGGCGAUUUCUAUGACUCUAGUGAAAAGAGGAUAAUA